GCCGCUCAGUCGCGCUAGCUCGGCCGCUCUCGCUGCCGUAGUGCCGUCUGUUCGCUGCGGCCGUUCCAUCGUUAUUUCCCGUUUUUGUUCGAUAUCGAUAUACGAUUUCUUUGUGUGGCAGUGCUGCGUGUCGUGUUGUGCGCGCGCCACGAACUUUGUUCCUCGGCGCCCAGCGACCGCAUUGCCACCGCUCCACACGGCACACGCUCCUGUGUCUGGCGCACUGACACGGGAUACGUUGAACCUGUCGGAAGACGGCGACAUGAGCAUUGCGAUCUUCGCGGCGUUGCGGUCGUCGUCCGGACAGAGCGUCGUGUCUGCGACUUGUAUCUGGGCCAGUGCACUCGGUAGUCAGUAAUCAAUUGGAGACUUAUGAGUUAACGUCUCAGUCAUGCAAGAAAAAUUACCCAUAUCUGACCCUACAGAUGUGCAAGUCGUUUCGCAGUAUCCAAAGAUGAAGAAUGAUGAAGGAUUUUCUAGAAACACAAGUUUUUCAUCCAUGAAUUUUGACAUUUGCAGAAUAUGUCACUGUGAAGGCGACAUUGACACACCCUUAAUAGCACCAUGUUAUUGUGCUGGUUCGUUACGUUUCGUGCAUCAAUUGUGUUUACAACAAUGGAUUAAAUCAUCUAAUAUACGAUGCUGUGAACUUUGUAAAUUUCAAUUCAUUAUGCAAACCAGAACCAAACCUUUUAGUCAAUGGGAACAUUUAGAAAUGUCUGGCAUGGAGCGUAAAAAGUUGGUAUGUGCAAUGCUGUUUCAUAUAAUUGCCAUGACGUGUGUUUGCUGGUCACUCUAUGUCCUUAUGGAUCGGACUUUGGAGGAAGUUGAACGUGGACAGUUGGACUGGCCAUUUUGGACAAAACUUAUUGUUGUGGGCAUCGGCUUUACAGGUGGUGUUGUUUUCAUGUACAUACAGUGCAAGUCAUAUUUUAUGCUUUGCCAAAGAUGGAAAGCAUAUAAUAGGGUAAUAUAUGUACAAAAUGCACCAGAAAAACCACGAAAAAAUCAAACUAUACUUAUUGAUGUUGCUGAGAGUAGUUCAGUUGAAACUAAUGCAGUUGCAUCAAUUGUGCCUUUUAAACCACCUAUUGAACAAAAUGAUGAAACCAGUAUCGAUCUCAAAGGUGUUCGUAAUGUUCAUAUAUUUUUUAAUAAUGAAGAUAAUCCCAUUAGAUUUCAAGAGGUUGACAAUCGAGAACAAGAAGAUGUUGAAAAACCAAUUUCAAGUGAUACUGGAACCUCAUGGCAUAUACAGAUAGGAAAAACUCAAGGGGAAAAUCCUGAAGGUGAAUGUAACCAGGCAGCUGUAUGUCAAAGUAAUCAGUCAGAUCCAUCUUUUUUAAAAUUACAAAUUAAAACAGCAGAAAUAGUAAUCAAAUUUGGACAAAAUGAAGCAAUUCCUAAUGAGAACGAGUUUGACAAUAAAAACGUUAACAUUCAAAUUGAAGAAUCAAAAUCUAAAAAUGAUGUGCCUGAUACUGCAAAUCCAGUUCAAAUACGACUGGAUUUUGGAAGAGAUAAAAACUAUGAAGACAUAGAAGAAGCCCACGGGUCUCCUUCUCAAUCGCCAUUAUUAUCAUCUAGAAGACUCUCUAACUAUAGAGAUGAUAAAUAACAACUUUAUACACUUAUAAUAAGCUAAUCUGUGAUUUAACAGAAAAUAAAACAUCAUAGAAUUUAUUUUCUUCCCACUUAGUUUAAUACAUUUUUUUUUUUUUGAGCAUUUAUUUCAAAUAUAUUCAUUCAUAGUUUUUUUUAACACUGACAACAAAUAUAAUUUCUUCGUUUUGUAAACCUAUUUUGUGUUAAUAUUUAAGUUUUUAUGGAUUUAUUUAUGUUUAGAAGCUCAAUAUGUAUUAAGUGUGGUUAUUAUUAGGAUAUAUAUUUUUUUUUAUUCACAAUUAUUAAUAAUUACUUUUUGAUGAUGAAUGAUAAUGAUUAUGUAAAUUUUUGACCCGGCAAAGACUGAGUUACAAAUAUGUAAUGUUGAUAAAUUUCAAACUUUUUUUUUGUACUUCAUUUUUGAACCAACAUAUUAUAUAUUAUAUAUAUACCAAUGUCUUAUUAAAAUCAUUAUUGAUGUUAUACAUAAAAAUUAUUAAAUGUUUUUCCAGUCAUUUUUGAUUUUUUUUUUAAUUUUAAUGUUAAAUAAUUCUGUUUUAAUUUUUUUUUCUUUAAUUAUUAUUAAUAACUGUAUGAUGCUAAUGAAUGUGAUUCGUUAUACAGAAAACAUUAAAACAUGUAAUGCCACUUAACAUAGAGCUAUUGCUUAUUAUAGAUGUAUGUAAAAGAUUGAAUGAUAUAUUAUAUAUUACAUUAGUAAUUAAUAAUUACACAUAUUGUUCAUAUUUGAUUCUGUUUCUGAUAAACAUAAGGUAUACAUUAAAAUAAA